AUGCCUUCUCCGUCGCUGGUGGUACGGUUGCUAAUCGUCUUCUACACAGCGCUGGCCGCGUGCGCAACACAGGAGCCACUUGGCAUCAAUCCCAAAGACCAGCGCGGAUACAAAGUCGGACAGCCUAUCCCAGUGAGCUGUCUGAAUCGAACAAUGUACGACUACCACGCCAUCCACCCGUCCAUCCAAAUUGGCCUACUGAUUAUUUCUCCCACAGCGACACAGGCGAACACAUCACCGACCCGACCUCCGGCCAACUCUCCUACAUCCCAGCCUUCACCUGCAACGAGACCCACCGCCCGCUCGAAUUCUACUUCGGCAUCGAAAAGGAAAUCAACUGCACCAUCGAUUUCAUCGACGAUCCCUUCUUCCACCUACUCGAAUUCUACGUCCACAACGAUGCGCCCCUCACCUGUCGUAUCCCCACCAAACCCUUACCCCCGAGCGUUCUGAAGGAGGAAUACGAACAGGGAACGAAAGAUAUGACGGAAGGACAGGGCAGUCUGUCCGAGAUAUACACGCCGUUGGUGAUUGCUCUCAGCGGGACCUUGCAAUUGAGCCAUCUGCAUGUUUCGAGCAGUCUGAACGUGCUCGUGCAUGCCGUCCCGAAGAGCAUUUCCCCCGGAACGAUUGCUGCGGCGACGGCGUAUUCGAUCUCAAGGGAGCCACCCUCCAGAAUCGUGAUUGGGGAUCCGCUCCCACUGCGAUUCAGCGUGAGAUGGUAUCCGAACACCCAACUUCCGUCGGGCUGGACGGGUAUCGGAGGACACUUGACCUUCAGUACGUUUGUAUACUGUAUGCUUUCGGCGGGAGCGGCGGCGGCGAUUUGUAUUGCGUACUUUCGGGGUGUCGAAUUGCCGAGACGCUUGAAGAGUCAUGGCAAGGAUCGGUUGGGUGGGAUUGAAAGAGGUGGGUUGGGAGGAUACGGGAUCUCGACGAUGAACGGAUAUGGUGGAUAUGGCGUUGGUAAGAGGGACUGA